UCAGGCCAGGCCAGGCCAUCAUUCAUAAGCGCAGCAGAGUAGGCCAGGUCACUCUUCCUGACCGACCGACUUGACCGAGGAAGCGCAGCCAUGGCGAAGCCCAUCUCCAUCGAGGUGUGGAACCCCAGCGGCAAGUACCGCGUGGUGAGCACCAAGUCCAUGCCGGGAACGCGGUGGAUCCGCCUGCUCACCGACAACGACUGCCGCCUAGAGAUAUGCACCGAGGCCAAGACCAUCCUCUCCGUCGACGACAUCCUGGCGCUCAUCGGCGACCGCUGCGACGCCGUCAUCGGGCAGCUCACUGAGGACUGGGGAGAGGUGCUCUUCUCGGCCCUCAAGCGCGCCGGCGGGACGGCCUUCAGCAACAUGGCCGUGGGCUACAACAACGUCGACGUCGAGGCUGCCAACAGGAACGGCAUCGCCGUCGGCAACACGCCGGGCGUCCUCACCGAGACCACGGCUGAGCUCGCCGCCUCCCUCUCGCUGGCAGCAGCCAGGAGGAUCGUGGAGGCGGACCAGUUCAUGAGGGCUGGCCUCUACGAGGGAUGGCUCCCACACCUGUUCGUUGGCAACCUGCUCAAGGGGCAGACUGUUGGGGUCAUCGGAGCUGGUCGCAUCGGCUCCGCGUAUGCACGCAUGAUGAUCGAGGGCUUCAAGAUGAACCUCAUCUACUACGACCUCUACCAGGCCACACGCCUUGAGAAGUUCGUCACAGCAUAUGGGCAGUUCCUCAAAGCCAACGGUGAGCAGCCUGUCACCUGGAAGAGGGCCGCCACCAUGGAGGAUGUCCUCAGGGAGGCUGAUGUGAUAAGUCUGCAUCCGGUGCUGGACAAGACCACUUACCAUCUCAUAAACCCUGAGAGGCUGGCCAUCAUGAAGAAGGAGGCGGUUCUUGUGAACGCAAGCCGGGGGCCUGUGAUCGAUGAGGUUGCCCUGGUGGAGCACCUCAAGGCCAAUCCCAUGUUCCGAGUUGGGCUCGACGUCUUUGAGGAUGAGCCUUACAUGAAACCUGGACUGGCUGACAUGAAGAACGCCGUCGUUGUACCACACAUUGCAUCAGCCUCCAAGUGGACACGUGAAGGAAUGGCAACGCUGGCUGCUCUCAACGUUCUUGGUAAUAUCAAGGGUUACCCUGUUUGGGGAAACCCCAAUCAGAUGGAGCCCUUCUUGAACGAGAGCGCGACGCCACCGCCUGCUUGCCCGAGCAUCGUUAAUGCGAAACAACUCGGCCUGCCAUCUUCGAAGCUUUAGGGGCCAACAAGGACGACGUUGCUGCUGCAUAAGUUACAAGUGAAGUGAAGUGAAGAUGUAGCUGCAUACAUACAUGGAUGGCAUCUAUCAGACCGAUGAGCAGCUGCAGUCUGCACAGCAUGCGGCAUGUCUGCAGUCAGAGUUCCAUUAAUAUUAUUAUCAUAAUCGCCCUCCAACAUAUUAAUUAGCUAUAUAUAUAAAUAUAAAUAUAGCAUGGUAGUACAUAGGAUAUGCAACUUAAUUUUAUUUUGAUCCAUGCAUGCAUGUAUCUGGAAUGAAGCCACCAUAUAUGCAUCCAUCAUGUAUAUGUAUGUAUCUUUCUUCUGCGC